UUCAAUUUCAAAAAAUGAGUAAAACGCAUCCACCGGAGUUGAAGAAGUACAUGGACAAACAAGUCAAUAUUAAAUUAAAUGGAAAUAGGAAUGUCUCGGGUGUUCUGCGAGGAUUUGAUCCAUUUAUGAAUAUUGUGGUUGAGGACUGUAUUGAGCAUAUGAAGACAGGGGAGUCUCAAAGUAUUGGAAUGGUUGUUAUUCGUGGAAAUUCGAUUGUUAUUAUGGAGCCUAUGGAACGAAUUCAAUGACCUUAAAAUGGAUUUUUUGAAAAGGAAAAAACAAUUUGAAAAUUAUUUUUUGGGAUUUUAAUCGUUUGUUUGGUUUAUUUAAAAAAUAUUUUUUUGUUUUUGGAAAGUAAAAUUUGAAAAAAUAUUUUUUUAUUAGGCAUUUCUUUGGGAUAAAGGGAAAUUUUUAGGGCAUUCGAAGAGGUAAAAACUUUAUUAAAAUAAAAAAAAACCGUCAGGAGUCUGAUACAUGAAUAGAAAUAGC